AUGGCUUUAAUUUCAUGUUGUGUUUUUGGUUAUUUAAGAAUGUAUUUAUUUUUUUUUGAAAAUUAUUCUAUUGUAAUUUUACAACCAAUAAGUCACCUACCAACAUCACAAUUUUUAUAUGCUCGUUUAUAUAAUCUAACAGUAUUUUUUUUGCAAUUUAAUAUAACAUUUCCAUCAAUUCUUAUUACUGCAAGAUAUAUAUUAGUUUGUGUUGAAAAAAAUUUUACAAAAUUUAGCAUGAUUAAAAUGUUAAUUUUUUGUUUCUUAUUAACUACAUUUAGUACUUUUGGUAUUAGUUAUCCAUUAAAUAAUUUUUUACCUUCUGAUAUCAUGGAUAAAGGAAUUAAAAAAUAUAAUGUUCAAAGUUUAAUAAUAACAAAUACAACUUUAGCUUUAGGUUGUAGUAGUGCAGAUUCAAAAAUAAUAGUAUCUUUUAUUAUUGUACCAUUAUAUUUUAUAAUUAACUAUACAAUAAUAAUAUAUAUUUCUAUAAAAUACAAAUUAUAUAUUAAUAAAUAUAAAAAUUUAAUUUCAAAACAAACACAAAAAUUGAAUAAAGAAUUUAUGAUCAUUUUGAUUUUACAAGCAUUUACUCCAAUAUUUCUUACUGGCAUUCCAAUUUUAGGACUUAUUACUUUUAUGCUUAUACAAAAAGAAGACAUUUUAUCAACAAAUGUUAAUUAUAUAAUUCAUCUUUUAGUUUUUGUUCCAGUUAUUAAUGCUUUUCUUUUUAUUGCAAUGUCACGUAAAAAUCGAAAAGAAGUACAUUUAAUUUUAAAAAAAAUUAUUUAUAUUAUUAAAAAAAAUAAGUCAAAUACAUCAAUUGUUAUUUAUACAAGUCAAGGUAUUGUCAAAGUUCCAUCUAAAAACAGUGAUAAUCGAGUAUCACCAAGAUAUAAGGAAAUAUAUUUAUAA